AUGGCUUGCUGUGUCCCCUGCUGCUGCAGCGUCCCCACCGGCCCCGCCACCACCAUCUGCUCCUCGGACAAGUGCUGCCGCUGCGGAGUCUGCCUGCCCAGCACCUGCCCCCAUGACAUCAGCCUCCUUCAGCCCUUCUGCUGCAACACCUGCCCCCCACCCUGCUGUGAGCCUGACACCUAUGUGCCAACCUCCUGGCUGCUCAAUUCUUGCCACCCAACUCCCGGAAUGAGUGGGAUCAACCUGACAACCUACGUGCAGCCUGGCUGUCAGAGCCCCUGCGAGCCCUGCUAA